AUGAAUACUAACUUUAAAUUGAAAUUAACUGCUUUAGGACAUCCUAAUCCAGAAACUUUUAAUUGCGAAGAUGAAAAGGAAUAUAGAAGUGUAGUGUUAUGGUUGGAAGAUCAAAAGAUUAGACAUUAUAAGAUUGAGGAAAGGGAAGGACUUAGGAAUAUUGACAGUGGAAACUGGAAAGAAGCUUAUGAUAUUUACCAAAAAGAUCUAGUAAGUCCUAUGGUGGAUGGCACCUUAAAUGAACAACUAAAUUGGCUUCUUUCUUAUGCAGUUAGAUUGGAAUUCGCUGAUAAUGUGAGUAAAUACAAGGAUGUAAAAGUAGAACAACCAAAACAAGCUGCUCCAAAUGUUGUAUCUUCUAACCCUUUGGAUAACUUAAACUUUGACAGUCCCGCUUUCAAAGCUGGUGUCGAUAGAGUGUGUACUCUUGCUGGAGUGGGACCUCACCCAGAUCCUAAAUUCCGCUUGGCAGCUGUAGCCAAGAUUCUUAAAAACUCCCCACACCCUGAACCACAAUCUGACACCAUAGUAAUUAAUCAACCUGUUGAUGUUCUUAAUCUAUUGUUUAUUCAAGAUUUAAGAGAGUUACAGACAAAAAUUAAUGAAGCCUUGGUUGCUGUUCAAACAAUUACUGCAGAUCCUCGUACUGAUACAAAAUUAGGAAAAGUCGGUAGAUAA